AUGGAUAGAGCAAAGGUGUUUAAUAAAGAAAUAUAUGAAUUCACAAAUAAGAUUCAAGAAUAUAAUUUAGAAUCAGAAAAUGAAAUAGUUAAUUAUGAAAUGGCUUUAAUAAGAAAAGAAUUAAAAGAAAAAAAAAUAAAAAGAAAGAAGAGAAGAUUAAAUGCAUUAAAAAUGAUUUAUAUUAAUAUAUUAGGAUAUGAAAUUGAUGUUGGAAUUAUAGAAAUUAUUGAGCUAUUAAGUAGUAAUAAAUUUCUUGAUAAACAGAUUGGAUAUUUUGCUUUUCAAAUGUUAUAUUCUAAUGUACCAGAAUCAACUAGAAUGAUUAUUAAUACUCUUCAACAAGACUUAGAGAGUUCUAAUGAAUAUAUUGUUUCAAAUGCAUUAACAGUUAUUAGUUCAUUAGCAAAUAUUGAAGUUAUUGAUUCACUUGCACCAAAUAUUAUUAAACUUUGUAUUGGAUUUAAUGAGGAUUCAAUAAAAAAACGUGGGAUACUGACAUUAACAAAAUUAUAUAAAAUACAACCAAAUAUUAUAAUAAUAAAUCCAAAUUUUAUGAAAAUAAUAGAAAAAGAAAUGAAUUAUGAAAUGGAUUUAGGAUUAAUUAAUAGUAUUGUUUUAUUAUUAUCUGAAAUUAUAAAAAAAAAUCCAACUAUUGUUCAACCAUUUGGAAAUAAAUUAAUAAAUAUUUUACAUAAUUUAGUACAUCAUAAAAUAAAUAUAAAUAAAGGAAUAGAAUAUCAUGAAAUAGUUUCUCCAUGGUUACAAAUUUCAUUAUUUAAAUUAUUAUCAAAAAUAAAAUUGGAUUCUUCAGCAAAUUCUAAAUUUUGGGAACUUGUUGAAUUUACAUUGAAAUAUUUUGAACAUUUAAAAGAAAAAUUACAAUCACAAAUACAUAAAAAAUAUAUUUUAAUGGGUUUAUUAUUUGAAAUAGCUUCUAUUAUUAUUAAAAAUGAACAAGAACAAUUUUUUAAUUAUCUUCUUCCUUUAUUAAUUGAAUUAAUUAAAGAAAAAGAUAUUAAUAUUCAAUGUCUUACAUUAGAUAUUUUUAUUCUUCUUGGAGAAAAUAAUUAUAAACAAAUUUGUCAAAAAUAUCUUGUUGAUAUUAUUAAAUGUUUAGAAUAUUCAGAUAUUAUUAAAUGUUUAGAAUAUUCAGAUAUUACUAUAAAAAGGAGAACUAUAGAAGUACUUUAUUCUUUAUGUACUAAAAAUAAUAUUCGAAAUGUUGUUCAACACUUUCUUCUUUUACUUAAAAAGAGUGGAAAUGAAUUAAAAGAAGAACUUAUUAUUAAAAUUUCAUUAUUAGCUGAAUUAGAUAAUAAAAAAGAUGAUUGGUAUAUUAAACACAUGCUUACUACUCUUUAUCUUGGUUCAGAAUUUAUAAGACCAGAACUGUCUGAUC